AUACAUUUACACAGCACCACUUCCUCCUCUCAGACAGCACCAGAUCAUGUAACUGUUUCAUACCUGUCAAAGGACCAUCACUUUGGUUUGCCUUUUGUUCUGCUGUCGGUCUGAGCAGAAAAUAUUGGACUAACGUUUGGUUCUGCAGUUGGUCAUUAUGUGUGGAAGAUGUGCAUUCAGGCUUUCUCUGCUUCGGCUGGUGUGGGGUGUGUGCACAGCUUUUGAAGAGAUUCAAGUGAAAACAUUGGAAACAGGAGCAGAUUUGGGCACUCCAGCCUGUCCAAACCAAACCAUUCAUAACAUGAUGUCUGUAAUAUGUAAGUUAGAUAGAGUGAUAAGUGGUGGGAAUGACUGUCAAGUGUCUCUUCGGUUUGACCAAAAUGGUACAGACAACACUUCUGACCCCAGAGUCACACUGCAGAUAGAGAGUGACAGAGUGUUUCUACACAUCACCAACAUACAACCAUCUGAUGAAGGGAACUACACCUGUGAGUGUGUAUAUAAUGGAGGAACACAUUUUUUGCAUCUCAAUAUUUCUGUCAAUGGAUCCCAUGUCUCAAACAACCUUUCUUUCCAACGUUCUUUCAAUGUCAUGAUAAUAACAGCCUUUGCAGGAUUUGUAGCUGUCGUGGUCCUCGUUGGAAUAAUCACGAGGAAAUGUCAUCUCAACGGGAGAACACAGCAGAAAGCGGUGUACACCUUUAAAGAGGAGGAGCAACAGGACUUGGAGCCCUACAGCACAUUCACAAGGAGAGACAAUGGGCUUUACUCAACCCUCCAGCUCACACAUUCUAACCCCUGACCUCUGGCACCAAUGACAACAGGGCAUUAGACACCUUUUUCUAUCACUAGGGGUUAAAUAGAAUUUCAGCAGCCCUGGAUAUACAACUGUACAGUAUAUCAAUUUACUGUAUAUCUUGAUUACUGUAAUGCCCCUAUUUUUACAGCUGAUACACUGACUUUAUAUAGUUCUAUUGAUUGGUUACUGACACCUGGCUGAAUAGGUCCUGUACUGUAGAUCGUCUUCUGUUGCUGUAAAUAUCAGCACUUAAUGUAUGAAUGCUGCACAUUAUGUUACGUAGAAUCAAUGUUCCUGUGGACACAUAAUGUGAUCAUGUGACUCCUUCAAUUAUAUUACGUAUAACCAAUGUUCUUGUGGACAGAUGAUGUGAUCAUGUGCAUUUUCUCCAGGUGUCAGUGUAUUGGAUUUGUAAAAGAUAUUCCCUGCAGCAGUAGAUGUACAGUCAUCACAACAUGCUUCAUGACAAUGUAUUUUCCUUGCUUUCAAUGUUCCAUCUCCAUGUAUCAUGUAGGCCUACAUGAAUGACAUGUUCAAGUGUAGAGAUGUAACGACAAAACUAAACCAUUCAUUAAAACUUAA